AUGCAACUCUUCCUCCUCGGCUACAUCAUCAUCUCUAUAUGCGAAAUCUUCACAAUCGGAGGCUUCCCGCUGAACAGCACCGUGCGCCUCGCCUUCGUCGCAAUCCACAUCGCCGCCAUUACAGCAACGUCUUGGAUACUCAUGCUGAAUGGCGCUGUCGGUUACCAGCUCCUCGAUGACGGCACUGCAGUAUCGAUUGGUCUGCUUCUCAUCUCGUCUCUGCUGAUCUUCAUCGGCACCGGCUACAUUGCGCUCGACACUGGCUUCAGCUGGACCGGCUACUGGGACGAUACUCUCGGCACGCCCAACCAGGCAUAUGCCUUGUACACUCUAUACCAGCUCGUCCCCCUGGUCUUCCUCGUGAUAUUCUUCCUGUUAGAAGCAUUCCUAGUCCUGCGCAUCCUCGGAGAGCGCAAGCCGAUGCUCUACCUGAUCGGUGCAGCGCUCCUCUUUGCCAUUGGACAAAUCUUCCAAUAUGUCAUCAGCGUGCAUAUCUGCAACGGCACUGACGGAAAAAUCAACGGAGGACUCUUUGAGUCGCUCUUCACCCUACUGGCAGUAAUAAUGGUGUGGGUGUUCUGGUCCAGCAUCACUGAGGAUGACUGGCCAAUGCCCACUGUGGCAGGCGCAGGAGCCUACAAUUGACGAGGCUGGUAAUAUGUGGAGGAAAUGUAAAAGACGUGUGUGAUGCUUCAUGAUUUUCAGCAUAGCGUAUACCAAUUCCUGGGUCUUUGGUGGCGACGUGCGUCGGGCUAUCAUUUGCUGCAUGGUGCACGAUACAUAAUGUUUUAGGAAGGAAAUUCAUAUUCUGCAA